AUUAUCCUUGCUCUGGGAUGCUGGGUAUGGUAUCUGGGCUCAUUCCUGACUCUCAGAUUACUGCAUCUACUCAAGUUGAUCGAAACUGGAUCCCGGAAAAUGCUCGCCUCAUAACAAGCCGUUCAGGUUGGGCGCUGCCUCCAACUACUCAUCCAUAUACAAAUGAAUGGCUUCAAAUUGACCUUGGUGAAGAAAAAAAAGUGAGAGGCAUAAUUGUCCAGGGAGGCAAGCACCGAGAAAACAAAGUAUUUAUGAAAAAAUUCAAAAUUGGCUACAGCAACAACGGAUCAGAUUGGAAAAUGAUCAUGGAUUCCAGCAAGAAAAAGAUAAAGACUUUUGAAGGCAAUACCAACUAUGACACACCUGAACUGCGGACUUUUGAACCUAUAGUGACGAGAUUCAUCCGCGUCUACCCUGAGAGAGCCACACACGGAGGGCUGGGGCUGCGAAUGGAGCUGCUGGGCUGUGAACUCGAAGCUCCUACUGCUGUUCCUACCAUUUCUGAAGGCAAACCCGUGGAUGAGUGUGAUGAUGACCAAGCGAACUGUCACAGUGGCACAGGUGGUACUACAGUGCUGAACACAGAAAAGCCAACAGUAAUAGACAAUACAUUACAACCAGAGCUGCCACUAUACAACUUCAACUGUGCCUUUGGUUGGGGAUCCCAAAAGACUUUGUGCCACUGGGAGCAUGACAACCAGGUGGAUUUAAAGUGGGCGAUCUUGACCAGCAAAACUGGACCGAUUCAAGACCACACAGGAGAUGGCAAUUUCAUUUACUCUCAAGCUGACGAAAGUCAGAAAGGGAAAGUCGCCCGACUGCUGAGCCCCGUCAUUUACUCGCAGAACUCUGCCCACUGCAUGACUUUCUGGUACCACAUGUCCGGCGCACACGUCGGUACCCUGAAGAUCAAACUGCGGUACCAAAAGCCGGACGAAUACGAUCAGGUGCUGUGGACCCUGAGCGGGCACCAGGCAAACUUCUGGAAGGAAGGACGUGUUCUUCUUCACAAGUCUGUGAAACACUACCAGGUGGUUAUUGAAGGAGAAAUCGGAAAAGGAACUGGAGGAAUUGCUGUGGAUGAUAUUAAAAUUGACAAUCACGUAGCACAAGAGGAUUGCCGAAAAUCAACUGAUGUGGAGAAUGAAAUAGAUGAAGAAGAAGACCCAGAAAGUAAUCAAACAGGGUUUACGCCUCCAUACCGUACAGGAGAGGACUACGACGAUAACAUCUCCAGGAAACCAGGCAACGUCCUGAAGACCCUAGAUCCAAUCCUUAUCACCAUCAUAGCCAUGAGCGCACUUGGGGUGCUUUUAGGAGCCAUCUGUGGAGUUGUCCUGUACUGUGCCUGUUGGCACAAUGGGAUGUCAGAGAGGAACUUGUCUGCACUGGAGAAUUACAAUUUUGAACUGGUUGAUGGUGUAAAACUGAAAAAAGAUAAACUAAACACACAGAAUUCAUACUCGGAAGCAUGAAGGUAUAAAGCAACUGGAGAAGUUUCAGCGAGUCGGGAUGGAAGGACAUAGCUCGGUCGUGCUGGGGAACUGUUGAUCUUCUUUUACUGUACAGGCUGAAAAGUGCAUUGAUGACACUGAGCCAAGCUUUUCUCAGGAGCUUCAAUGAGUGUGUAACCGAUAAACAUGGACAACAAUCUGUGUUAACAAUCUGAAUCAUGUACAGUCUGCUUUUUCUGUUGGUUUUAUUUGAAAUAAUCAAAUGCUGGUGUUGAGACCAAGUAUGAUUGACUUAUAGUUCAUUUUGUCUUUCUUUCUCUCCCUCUCUUUUGUUUUCCGUUAAUGGAUAAUUUUGGUUUUACUGUGCAAAAUCCAAGAUGCUGUCACAAAAUGUAUUCAGUGGGGUCCUUUGGAUGGACAUGCUGUCUGUAGCUCAGUGCCCAGAAAAUAUUGGAGUAACAGCAAUUUAGUGGACUCCUGCACCUGUAUUUGUGUAUAAUUGCUCGUGUUGUGCAUAGGCAAAGAAGGGUUAGGAUGUUUUUGAAAGUACUGCUGCAUCAGUACCAAUAUAGUGUGUCAGCUCUGUUUACGAAGCAAUACAGUCAAAUUUUAUUGAUGUUUUUCAGUGUUGUACUAAAUUUUGUGCUUGUGAACUCCAUAAAAGUGUGCCAUCAUCAGACACAACUGGUAACCGAGUGUACUGCCUAAAAAUGAAACAAAAAAGUCCUUGGCACUGGCUAGUGUAUGUCCUCUCAAGUGCCUUUUUGUUUGUACUGCUUCUCAUUGCAUUAACAUUAACCACAGCUCUGCUUCUCCGCAGUUAUGCCCUUGUCUUUAAUCAUAUUCUGAUGGCUCACUAACUAAAAGAAAAGUAUAUUUUAGUGUAAGAAAGUAGCCUCAGGAAGGCAAGGGCUAUCAGAUUUGACAACCUGGCUCGAUUGUUCUGCUUUCUGUAUUUCAACUUCAUAUAUCUUGACCCUUUUGUACAAAGCUGCAAUAUCCCCUUUUAUUGUUCUUUCAUAUAGAAUGUAUUUUCAAAUGUAAAAUCUCUCUCCCUUUCUCUUCUCCUCUCUCUCUUUCUCCCUCUGAAUAGAUUGCAUAAGCAUUUGCCAUUGCCAAGGAAAGAAAACUGCAGCUUUAACUUGCUGGUAAUGGCAAAGGAUUUUAUUAGAGUUUGUGUUAAAAAAUAAGGGAAAAUUCUUAACUUUACCCUCCAAAGUCGAACUUUGGAUUUCUUCUUAACAGCAUAAAGUGACAGUAUCUUUUUUCCUGAAGUCAUGAAACACAUCUUUUAUCCUGAACAGCUUGCCUGUUAAUUACACUUGGGAAAAUUAUUCCCUUGCUGAAAAGAUUGCCUUUAAAAUGAGAAACUUUCCUCCUCCUGCCCCUACCUGAACUCAGAGUUCUGUUCUCUCAGUAAACGUGUAUUUUCAUG